AUGUCUGUUUCUCUACGAUCCAUUUUAUUACUACCAUGUUUGUGGAGUCUUGUUUGGUCAUUAUCUAUACUCGAAUUGUCUCUUCUUGAAUCAACUAUUAGUGAAGACAGCUGCAGCUUCUAUCAAGCUCUUGAAAUGCGGACUCACUGUGGCAACGAUGGAUAUGUGACUAACUUUGCGCAUAAAUACUGUGAAAAGUAUCUGGCUGGAAGGAGCAGCUUCAACGACACGAAAUGGCAAAAUGGCGUGCGUGUUUGUCUUCAACGAACCAUGUUAUCCAAAUUACGAACCGUCAGUCAGCCUACAUGCCAACAAAUCCGUGAUUGGGGUUUCGAUUCACACUUUGGCUGCUACAUGCGCCCUAUUCCUAAUUCACCUGAAGUGAAAUUUUGCCGAUUGAAAGGAGCAGAUAUAGUAAAGAUUGGAUGGAUGGCUAAAGGAACGGUGUUGGAAAAGGAAGUUUGGAAACAAUUCGCAAAAAUGAUCAAUGAAUGCGCUGGUCAGUAUUUACAAGACGUUAAACAAGAUUUUGUUCAAUUUCUGAAAAAAACUAUGAACUCACUCAAUUGGCCGUGGUAA